AGGCCUCUCUUACUAUGUAGUGACCGAGAUUUAGAAACAUAACUUAACCCGCAUUUAAGACUACAUAAUGAUGAAUUACUCUCCAGAAUGACUUUAUCCUGACAUAUUUUGCAGCCACUGACGAUUGCGCAUCUGGAUUAAGACGGAGCUUGCUAAUGCUAAGCUAGCAGGCUACCAUUAGCCAGUGGUUGCCCUCUGCAGUGAUUCCUGACCACUAGCCUCCUGCUAAUUUAGCUUGUUGUCAGUCCUGAGCAGACACGGACCAACAAGUCAGCUCAUGCGAUAGCUAGCGAUAAAAGGGGGUCUCCGAAAAUGUAAAUUACCAUGGGGCCAAAGAGACGGGAACUGGUCGUGCCAGUGAUGGCCUCCCCCUUCCCCGUCUCCUUCAUCCUGGUGGUUCUGCUGUUUGCUGAGUCGCCUGUGUGCCAGGCAGGGGACUGCAAGGGCCACAGGCAGGUGUUGAGGGGACCACCAGGUUAUGUUACAGAUGGACCAGGAAACUACUCUGUCAAUGGGAACUGUGAAUGGCUUAUCAAAGCUCCCAGCAACAGUCAUCGCAUUGUCUUGAAUUUCACCUUCAUGGACACAGAGUGUACCUAUGAUUACCUGUUUGUGUAUGAUGGAGACUCCUACCAGAGCCCUCUUUUAGCCAGUUUGAGUGGCAACACUCUUCCGCAGCCCAUUGAGGCCAAGUCUGGCAAGAUGCUUCUUCAUCUCUUCAGUGAUGCUAAUUACAACCUACUGGGCUUCAACUCAACCUACACCUUCUCCUUGUGCCCUGGAGCCUGCGGUGGUCAUGGCCGCUGUGAUUCGUCUACAUCAAAGUGUCAGUGUCAUCAGGGUUGGGGAGGAGCAUCUUGUACAACCCCUCUGUGUCCCCAGGCUUGCUCUGUGCAUGGCCAAUGUGACAAGAAAGGAGAGCGCUGUCUGUGUAACCCAGGCUUCAUGGGUCACAGCUGCCAGCUCGGUCUCCAUGAUGACAGCGGGGCAGGGCAGUGGUGGCGUAUAAGCGAGGAAAACCCCUACACUCCUCCCAGGACAGGUUCUGCUGGCGUGUACCUGUCCUCCACCAGAGCCAUGUACUUGUUUGGUGGGUUUGACCUAAACAGAGCUCUUGGUGACUUGAUCAAGUACAACUUCACAUCCAACCAAUGGGAAAGCAGGUCUUAUGGUCAUGCUCCUGUGGCUCGUCAUUCCCACACAGCUGUAGAGUGGAUGGGUAACAUGAUUAUCUUUGGAGGAGAGCUAGCCAAUGGCUCCCUGGCCAGCGAUGUCUGGAUGUACCGGCCACUGCAGGAUGACUGGCAACAGCAUGGCUUUUCAAGUUCACGUGGCGCUCCUAAACUGGCCAAUCAUGCUGCAGCUGUAGUAGACAGUUACCUCUAUGUAUUUGGGGGUCGCACUGAAGAGGAUAUGUUCUCUUCUUCUCUAUUUCGGUUCGGUCUGCAUGGCUCUGGACGGUGGGAGAUUGUGCAGUCCACUGGUGGGAAGCCCCCGGCCACCGCUGGCCACUCCCUUGUGUUUCACAGCCCUUCCAGGACGCUGCUAGUCUAUGGAGGCCACAGGCCUACCACUGCCAGGUUUAGUGUGAGGGUGAACAACACAGACGUCUUUCAUGUAGACAGACGGUUUUGGACAUCUUUCCGUUCACGUUUCCCAGCGACGGGCCCCAGAGAAAGAGCUUUCCACUCAGCCACCGUCAUUGGAAACUAUAUGGUCGUCUACGGGGGGAAUGUACAUAUUCACUACCAAGAAGAGAAGUGCUAUGAUGAGGAGAUCUUCUUUUACCAUUUGGGCUGUCAUCAGUGGGUGUCUGCUGGGGAGAGAGGGUCACUCAAUGGGGAUGCUGUGCGGGGGCGUUACUCUCAUGUUGCUGCUGUUAUGGAGGGACGAGUGCUGCUGGUUGCUGGGGGUUACAGUGGUGUUGCCCGUGGAGACCUCAUGGCUUACAAAGUUCCUCUGUUUGUCAGUAGCGAUCAAGGUGAUAGGGAUGCUGUUUGUGCUGAGGCACUAGACGAAAGUAUGUGCCUGAAGAACCCGGAAUGCAGCUGGUGUGAAGGCAGAUGUAGAGAGUACCAGCCCACUAAUCCGUGCGGCAGUAAUGGUUGCCUGGGCCUGGCACGCUUCCUGUCUGACUGCCAGUCCUGUCUGGUGUUCAGUGGCACUCCAGCCUCUCUAGCCCGUGCUCCUGGUGAAUUUGGCUGGUGUGUUCAGAAUGAGUCCUGCCUACCAGUGUCAGAGCGAAGUGCGUGCCGUGUGGACCAGAUCUCAGGGGCGUACGGCUGGUGGGGGGAGCGUACCCUUUUCCUAACCUCCCUCCACUCCUGUCGCACCGAGAACUAUGUCCCGGGACUGCACCUGCUCACCUUCCAGCACCCCCGCAACGACUCCCAGCCUGACAAGGUGUCCAUCCUCCGCAGCACCACCAUCAUCCUUAGCCCCACCACAGAAAUGGACGUUGCCCUGCAGUUCAGGGGCUUCAUACAUCCGUUGUGGGGGGCCCCUCCACCUGCACACCCUCCCACUGAGACUGUCGCCAUAUGGGCUCGUAUCCAGAGGCUCCACUUUGAGGCUCGAAUGGCAUCAGGGCCCAACUCCAGCCAUCUGGAGGUGGUUGGUCGUUGGGCAGCGCAGCAGGAGAAAGAGUUAAAGCUGCUUGCUCGCGCGGAUGGGAGUAGACUGUUCUCUAACCUGACCAGGGGCAACUAUUACCUUGUUCAGGCUGAGGGAUACCUUAACAACUCAGGCUCAGGACAGACCAGUGAGAUGGCCCUGACCUGGAACAGAACACUGCCUGGAGGGAGUGAGAUCUCAUUCCUGUUCCUAGAGCCGUUCCGCUCAGGUACCUGCUCUGGGUACAUGUCCUGUCUGGCCUGCCUGUCUGACCAGUCUUGUGGCUGGUGCCCGACUUUGUCCCGCUGCCUGCUGCGGGACAGUCCUGACCUCGAGCUCUGCCCUGAGGGAGAGAAAGGAGAAGGAAAGGUAGACGCACAGCGCCAUCUACUGCUGGCCCCCCAGCACUGCACCUUGUGUGAAGAGUACAGAGACUGCUCCGCUUGUACUCAGGAUCCUUAUUGUGAGUGGCAAAUAAACUCCAGCAAGAAAGGCGACUACCAGUGCAGUAGACGAGGAAGACUAGAUGGAUCCAUACGUGAUCCUAGGGGGUGUCCUAAAGUCUGCAACCAGAGGAAGACGUGUGGUGAGUGCCUCUCUAACUCCAGCCAGUGUGCAUGGUGUGAGUCAGCCCAGGCCUGCUUCUAUUUUGCUGCCUACCUGACAAAAUAUCCCUAUGGAGAGUGCAGGGACUGGUACGACAGUGUUCAUUCAGUUCCGCAGUGUAAGCAAUGUUCAGCUUUAAACACCUGCACAGACUGCCUGCGAACUUUUCAGUGUGGCUGGUGUGGCGACUACAAUAAUCCCACAAUUGGAAAAUGCCUGAGAGGAGACUGGGCUGGAAUGGACGACCCCUCCGUGUAUAACUGCAGCGUGGCUGUUGCUGAAGCUCGAGCUGCAAACCCUGAGCCUCAGACCUCGGCCCCGCCACGACCCCUGGAAAUGGAGUUGGAGUUGGAGCACUUGGACGAUGAAGAACAAGAUGCCAUAUGGUCCUACCCUACCUGCCCUGAUGUAGAGGAAUGCAGGCUGGGUCUCCAUAACUGCCACCUCUUUGCCACCUGCAUUAACACCCCUACCUCUUAUGAGUGCCACUGCGAGAGAGGUUACACAGGGGAUGGUACUUUGCACUGCAACCAGACGUGCUACAAUGAGUGUCGUGAGGGUCAGUGUAGUGGCAGCCCACGGUUUGAGUGUGAAUGUUCCCUGGGUUGGACAUCUGACCCUGCCACUCUGGUUCUGAGUGGUGUUGAAUGUGAUGUGGACUGUGGCUGCAACUUCCAUUCCACCUGUAUCACUGCACCAGGCAUCUGUGAUGAAUGCCAGGACUGGACAACAGGGCCCCACUGUGAGCACUGCCGUCCAGGUAGCUUUGGUUCAGCCGUCGCUGGUGGCGGCGGCUGUGUCCAAUGUGAAUGUAAUGGCCAUGGAGACCCUGUCCGAGGCUACUGCCACAACCAGACGGGCCAGUGUUACUGCACACAUAACACUCAGGGACCACACUGUGAGUCCUGCCUGCCUGGUUACUACGGAGACCCCAGGAACAACGGCACAUGCUACCGCCAGUGCCAGGGUCGUUCUGUGCUGCUGUCUUCCACCUCCUCAUCUUCCAUGCCUGUCUCCUCUUCACUGGGAUGGAGAAGUGGCACAGAGGGGAAAGGAGGACUCUCUCAUUGCCUGUGGGUCCUGUCUGUGACUGAGAACCUGGCUCCCUGUCUACCUAGACAGCUGUGCCCCCCUGUAGCCCUCACUCUACACCCAGACUCUCAUACAUAUUGUAAAAGCUCCUAUGUCUACGUGUUUGAUGGCCUUCCUCGCUUUUUGGGUAAUGGUGUUGUGCAUUCAGAUCACAACCUGAUCGGAGCGUUUUGUGGCACCACAAGAACUCAGCCUAUCACAGUUGAGGCCACCUCAGGUGUAAUCUCAGUCUAUUUUGAGGCAAACGUGUCUUCAAACAAACCUCAAGGCUUCAAUGCAUCUUUCUGGGUGCGGCGGUGUCACCAGAGCACUGACGAUGGUGAAGAGGGGUCACCUGUAUGUCCAGGUGGAGCCCUGUGCCAAGGGGGCCUCUGCCAGUGCCCUCAGGGAUACGGAGGACCUCACUGUGACCGGCCCAUGUGUCCUCAGGAUUGUGGAAUAGCAGAGGGAAGAGGAACUUGUAAUAUAUCUCUUGGAGUGUGUGUGUGCUCAGACAGCUGGGCUGGCUCAGACUGCUCUGUUCCUCGGGACUCCAACAGCCUGGUCUGGGAAACACUGCUGGACACACAGCUGACAGUGAACCAGGCCCACAGGUUCCUCCACAGGAUGGGCCACUCCCUUGUGUCUGGACCUCAGGGCAACCUCUGGAUGUAUGGAGGACUCUCUCUGUCAGAGGGCAUUCUAGGAAAUAUCUACAGAUAUUCUGUGGUAGAGCACCGUUGGACGCAAAUGUUGACAGGUUCUGUAGAAGAGGGCUCUACUCCCAGCCCUCGCUAUCACCACGCCUCUGCACUGCUGAGCACUCAUGACUCUGGUUCUGGAAGCCACGGAGCCAGUCACAGCUUCAUGCUUGUGGUGGGCGGCGUCAUUCAAAACGGUGUUGCCAUGGACACCUGGACUCUCAAUCUCAGCAGUUUAGUCUGGAGAGAACACAAGAGCACAGUGCUGCCUCCAUUGGCCGGUCAUACUUUAACAGUACGUCGAGACUCCUCUGUGCUCUUGAUAGGAGGUUACUCUCCAGAGAACGGCUUCAACCACCAUCUGUUGGAGUUCAGCCCUCAUACUGGAAACUGGACCAUUGCUCCCCACAUUGGCACACCACCUACAGGUUUAUACGGCCACUCAGCAGUCUACCAUGAGCAGACUGAUGCCAUCUAUGUGUUUGGAGGCUACCGUUUUCACGUAGAGACUGUGGAGCCCUCAGGAGAGCUUUACAGUCUGUACUAUCCAAACCUUACCUGGUCUCUGUUGGUCCCUUCACAGGGCAAUAAGCCCCUGUCACGUUUCUUCCAUGCUGCAGCCCUGAUGAAAGACACCAUGGUCAUCGUUGGGGGAAGGACAGAAGCAGAGGACUAUAGUAACUCUGUGUCUCUGUACCAAAUCAACUGUAACACCUGGAUACAACCAGACUCAGCUAUAGGUGAUCCAGUUAAUCGCUCGGUAUCUCUUGCCAUGACGAGCUGGGCUGGCCGUCUCUUCCUGUCAGGAGGCUUCAAUGGGGUCACGUUGGGACGACUCCUAACUCUAACUGUUCCCUCUGACCCUUGUGCACUGCUGCCCACUCCAGAGGCCUGCAACACCACCACAGGCAGCUGCAUUUGGUGUAGGGGAACCUGUGCUUCUUCUGAUACUGCUGAGAGAAUGGGCUGUUUCACUGGCCAGUCUCCCUGUUCCCCGACCCCUCGUCAAGCAGACCAGUGCCGCAGACUUAAGACCUGCAGUGAGUGCCUUGCCCGUCAUCCCAAGACAUUCUCCAGUCCAACACAGUCUGCGCUACAGUGUAAGUGGUGCACAAACUGUCCAGAAGGAGCCUGUAUCAGCAGCUCUGUUAGCUGCACGUCUGAACAUGACUGUCGGAUUAACCAGCGAGAGAUCUUCCUGUCCAGCAACUGCACUGAAACCAGCUGUGAGGCAUCAGAUUGCCCCAAGUGCACUGCUUCUGGAAAAUGCAUGUGGACUCGCCAGUUCAAACGCACAGGUGAGACGAGGCGCAUCCUGAGCGUGAACCCCACCUAUGACUGGACGUGUUUCAGCUAUGCCCUGCUCAACGUCUCACCCAUGCAGGUGGAGUCAUCUCCCCCUCUGCCAUGCCCUCCUCCUUGCCACACUCUCCAUAACUGCAGCCUCUGUCUGGGGUCUAGAGGCUCUGAUGGAGGCUGGCAGCACUGUGUGUGGAGCAUGGCUCUGCAGCAGUGCAUGAGUCCAUCUUUCGUGCCCCUGCGAUGCGAAGCGGGUCAGUGUGGUCGGCUGCUCUCAGGGGGAGAUUCCUGCUCUCCCCAGUGCUCCCAGCUCACCCAGUGCUCCCAGUGCAUUGCCAGACCUCAAUGUGGCUGGUGUGCGACACGAGGGGGCAAUGGGGCUGGACGAUGCCUCCAAGGAGGACUUGAUGGUGUGAGUGAGGGUGUUUGCCCCCUGAGAAACAGCAGCUGGUCUUUCCUUCACUGUCCAGAAGAGGACGAGUGUGCCAACAGCCAUCACCACUGCAACACCACCCAGGACUGUCAUGACCUACCCCAGGGAUACCACUGUACCUGCAAACAGGGUUAUAUACUCAGCAGUAUUUCUGGUCAGUGUGAGCCGGUGUGUGCGCAGGGCUGUGUGAACGGGACUUGUGUAUCACCAGGAGUUUGCCAGUGUCACUUUGGGUUUGUGGGAGACAACUGCUCCUCUCAGUGCAGCUGCAACAAACACAGCAACUGUGAAGGUGUUAACAAACCAGAUGUUUGCAUUGAGUGCCACAAUAACACCAUAGGUAAACACUGUGAGAAGUGUAAGCCUCUGUUUGUGGGCUCUGCCAAGGGAGGUGGCACAUGUCGUCCAUGUCGGGAGUUUUGCAAGGGGAACAGUGCUGUGUGUUUAUCCCGGGAUGAACAUAAGAAAGCCAUUGAGAACCCACGACUCUUCCCCCUGGACCCCAACAGAAUUGAGGACUGGGUGUUAGAGGGUCCCACAGAAGAGAAUGCUGUGUGUGUGAGUUGCCAGAACAACAGCGUAGGGGACAAGUGCGAGAGCUGCCUCAGUGGCUACUUCCUACUGCAGGGGAAGUGUGAAAAGUGUCAGUGUAACGGGCAUGCAGACACAUGCAAUGAACAUGAUGGCACAGGUUGCCCCUGUCAGAACAACACAGAGACCUCCUCUUGUCUCGGCAACCCUCAAAGUGACCGGAAAGACUGCUACAGGCAACAGUGUGCCAAGUGUAAAGAUUCCUUCAAUGGCACACCGGUGAAUGGGCGCCAGUGCUACCGUCAGUUCAACGUGGACACCGAGUGCUGUUUUGACCCCACGUCCCAGACAAACUGCUUCCAUGAUCCCACCAUCCGCAACUUGCCCAGGGGACGCACUGUGUUCUUCGCUGCCCAACCAAAGUUCACAAAUGUAGACAUUCGCGUCACAAUUGACGUUACCUUCGGUGAGGUGGAAGUGUAUGUGUCCAACUCUCAUGACACCUUCAUUGUGGAUGUGGACCGGCAGACGGGGAUUCACACCAUCAAGAUCGAGGAGGAAUCAGUGACUCGGGGAACAGCAACAGGGACUGACAAGGAUUCACCUCCUUCCCCAAUAAAGGUGUUUGCCAAUGCCUCGUCCAGUCUUGGGGGUCCCAUGCUUUCCCACAACCCUUUGCAGCUGCAAGCCAAAUCCCAAGGAACAGAGAGAGAAAUCAGAGCAGAGCGGGCUGAAGGACUCAUCACCUACAUUACUGUGUGGAAACCGCAAACAGUGCUGAUCGUCCAUAGUGUUAGGGAUCGCGUGGUCAUCACCUUCCCCCACGAGGUGCAUUCCCUGAAAUCCAGCCGCUUUUACAUCGCUCUCAGAGGUGUGGGGACAGAGCAGAAACAGGGAGAGUCCCAAGGCCUGCUGUUUCUGCGACAGGACCAAGCCCACAUCGAUCUUUUUGUCUUCUUCUCAGUUUUCUUCUCCUGUUUUUUCCUUUUCCUGUCCGUCUGUGUCCUUUUGUGGAAGGUUAAGCAGUUCCUAGACUUCCGUCGGGAGCAGCGUCGCCACAUCCAGGAAAUGACCAAGAUGGCGUCUCGGCCCUUCGCCAAACUCACCAUAUAUUUAGAGCCGGAGGAGCCUCAGCUCAUCUACCUUCCUUCAUCUGGUGGAGGGGUGGGAGGCGGCACUGUAUCUCUUGCUCAUGCCCGCACGAGCAAGUUAGGGGGUGUAGUGGUGGGCCAGAGGGGCAGAGCAGGAGCUGUCUCCUACAAACAUGACCCAGGUUCUGGGCCCACAGCCCACCACCACCAUCACCUCACCCUGGGUGGCGGGGGCAACAGUGGCCAACAUCUGCCCCUGCACUACCUAAACACCCACCACUAUGCCAGCACCACUGCUGGCACCCCGGCUUCACAUAAUCACCACCCAUCCACAUACAGCGGCUACCAGCACUUUUGCCGCUCUGACCCCUUCCUGUCGCAGCUCAUGGGCUUUUCCUAUUCCUCCUUUAAGGUAGGGCCCAUCACCCUGGAGCCCACAGACGAUGGCAUGGCUGGGGUUGCUACCGUCCUAUUCCAGUUGCCUGGGGGUGUCUUGGCUCCAAAUCGUGCCUGUUUGGGCUCUGCACUGGUUACUUUGCGGCAGAACCUGCAAGAAUACUGUGGCCACGGCAAUGGAGGUGGACACCCAGGGGCAGGUGCAGGGCGCAAGGGGCUGCUCGGGCAUCAGCACCUGACCACUAUGGCUAUGUAGGGAAAUUAAAAAGAUAUAAAUAAAAGUAGACAUGAAUUAAAAAAAAGAGAUGGGAUAAAUCUGUAAAGUAUUUGAUAUAUAAUAAAUUAAAUUUUUUGAAAGAAACAUAGCCGCAAGGCAAAGAUUAAGUCCAAAAGAAACAUGUUAUGUUAAAGAGUCAGGUGUGAGCAUUUUGAACAGAGUUGUACAUACACUGUAUAAUGAGUUAAGUGUCUUUUAUUCUAUUAUGUAUUGCUAUACUGUAUGUCAGUGCUUCACAUGACCAAGCCGGCUGUCUUUAGAAUGCACUACUGCUAUACGUAUCAAUGAAGCAAUGUCACAUCCUGUCUGUGAUCACUAUAGAGGUAUGAGCACGCUCAGCAGUCAGCCUCAAACAAAGACUGAAGCUGGACUGUUGAUGAAAUUCUUGUCAUUGACCAACAGAGGUGUUAAGACAGACAUCCGCUCACUUUGGAACCAACAUGUGCUUUAUGCCCCAAGAAAGUGACAAUCAAAAUUGCCAUUAAGAACAAAAGACUUUUAAAUUGGUGCAGCGUAAUGUGCAAGAUUUUGAUUGUCAGCGCAGGGAAAAAAAAAAAGUCAAAGUUGCUUGUCAGAUGGUUUUUAUAUCAUAGUCGAUAUGGGUGAUUUAUAAUUGUUACUCAAUAUAUGGCAGGCUUCUAAGCUACAAGGUUAUGUUAAACAGACCCUUGAGUAUAUUUUUGCAUAUUCAUCCAUCUGUUCUGUUACAUUAUUUGUUUUUCUGCUCAUCUGCCUUCACUUCUUGCCUUGUCUCUGAGUCAACUGGCUUACACUUAAUACUUGUGUUAUUGGAAAAUUGUAGUGCAGGUCCUGGAAGAUAUAAUAACAAUAACAUAUGUUACAUUUUGUUUCUGUACAGUUUCUUUUUAAAAAAAGAAGAAGGAUGUUUUUAAUCUUAAUCCUCAAUUCCUGACAUUACAAUAAUGUGAUUUCACAACAGAACUCGUCCAUUGAAAUGAAGAAAUUACGUGUCCUUUUGCAACAUGCGAUUACAUUUUUUUCAUGUGAAAUGUAUGUUUGUUUGGCUAGUUAUGCUGGACUGCUUUCUUCAGGCAACUUGUCUGCUUAGAUGAUUGUAUUAGCCAAUCAUAGCUACAGUUUAAUAAAAAAUAAUAUUAAUUGGGAUGUGGCAAAAAAACAUUUUUUAGAAUAUAUGGUAAAUAUUACAACAUUGGGGUUACAGUGAUAAUGGGAAGAGUUUCAUUAGUGCGUUCUCCUGGUGAGAGACUUUGGAAAGACUUUAAUUGCAAUGAGACUGAAUUACAUGUUCAAUGGUGGAUGUUGACAUUAGGUUUUUUUUGUUUGUUUGUUUGUUUUUCUCUUUUCCUUUUUGCACUGCAUGGAGGCAAUGUGCCCCAUUAUUCAUGUGAAACACUAAAAGGCAAUGCCGUCCAGCCUCAGUGGACGGAUGGCACACAGUGUUAUGGAGGAACUCAGAAUGGUGCUACUGGAUUUCUAUCAUUUGAAAAAGGUUUUUGUCAUGAACUGAAUACUCAAGCUCAAUUAAAUACUGUCAUUAUUUAUAGCAGGCCCCCACAAAUAAGCAUUAAUACUGUUUUGUUUAUUUUUUUGUCUUGUAUGUUUUUUAACAUUUAUUUUUGUACAUAACUUUUGUUGUUUUGUUUUUUUUGUUUUCAAAGAAGGGAACAGUGUUGUACAGAAGAUUGCGUCAAAGAGUCGGAUGAAAUAAAGUC